AUGAACGAAGACGAGCUAGACCAGCCGUCGCAUAUCGUCUUCUAUCUGUUUAUUAUAUUCAGUGUUCUGAUGCUACAAGGGGGCAUAGCUCUCUUCUAUACCGGGCUGACGUCUGGGAAGGCAGCAUUGACGCAAGCAGCCUACGCUGUGGCCGGCCAUGUCGUCACCGUCCUGCAGUUUUUCAUCAUCGGCUACUCGCUCGUGCGCACAGAGAACAGCGGUAUACUUGGAAACUUUGUUGGAGGCCUAAAGUAUACGUUUUUCAGGAACAUUGCUUGGGAUAAUACCACCGAGAUCAUCACGGCUGUUGGCCCGGCGUUCAUCCACACAGGGUUUGCUGGGGUUUGCUGUGCAAUUAUGUUUGGUGCCGUCCAUCUACGGGCUAGCAUGCCGCCAUCUCUUUUAUUUCAGUUCUUUUGGCUCACUUUGGUCUACUGUCCUGCUGCCUACUGGGCUUGGAAUGCUUCUGGGUGGGCUAACCAGUGGGGAGUUUUAGAUUACGCCGGAGGCACUGUCGUACACUGCGUGGCCGGGUUUACGGCUCUGGCGUAUGCUUCCAAGCUGGGUACUCGACUUGGCUACGAGAAUUAUGAUAUGCACCCCUUCAAUCUGCUGCUGGUUAUAAUUGGCACGUUCAUGAUGAUUAUGGGCUGGAUAGGCUUCAACGGUGGUGCAACAAUGGCACCGAGUGCAAUUGUUUUGUUGGCAGUGACAAACACAGCAAUUUCAGCGUCUGCUGGAGGUGUCACCUGGCUGCUGUUGGACCACAGCUUUGAUGGUGAGUGGUCGCUUGUGGGCCUCUGUUCUGGCGUAGUGUCGGGGUUGGUGUGUAUUACCUCUGGUGCUGCCUUUGUAGAGCCUUAUGCUGCAAUCUUUUUCGGUGCUAUCGGUGCCUUUGUGUGCAAUUUGAGUACGCAGGUCAAGUUCCGUUUGAAAAUCGAUGACGCACUGGAUGUGUUUGCCGUUCAUGGAAUCGGUGGUUUUGCGGGCACAAUUCUCACCGGCAUUUUUGCCAGUCCCAAAUUAACUGAAAACAAAGGGCUGGUUUACGGGAAUUUUGCCCAACCUUUCAAACAGCUGGUGCAUAUUGUUGUUCUCAUAUUCUAUGUCCUGAUUGUAUCGAACCUGAUUCUGAGACUAUUUGAGUUUCUGGGCUUGGAACUAAGAGUAGACCCAGAUGACGAGAGAAUUGGUUUGGAUCUUGCAGAGCAUGGAGAGACACUGCUGCACAACCCAAGUGAGCCGCGGGCCGGCGUGGGCAUGAGUUCAGUUGCCUAUGAUGGAUCUAUGAACCGGUACCUUAAACCGAACACAAACACAUCAAUGGUUCCUACCGCAGAUACUCCGCUUCUUGAUCGUAUGUCUCGAGAGGUUUCUCAUUUGUAA